AUGCCCACAGCCGGUGGACUCUAUUUCUGGACGCACUACUACAGCGCCGAGAAGUGGAAGAAUCCCCUCAGUUUUGUCGUUGGCUAUAGUAACACAAUCGGCCUGGUGGGCGGUAUCUGCUCAAUUGACUACGGAUUCGCAAACAUGCUCCUCUCACUCAUAUCCAUCGCCCGCAACGGAGAAUGGACAGCAUCCAACCCAGUCAUCUACGGAACAUUUGUCGGAACCGUCGCAGCACACGCCUUCAUCGCCAUUUUCUUCGCGCGGGUCAUGCCCAAGAUCCAAACGGCUUGUAUAUACCUCAACAUCGGACUCGUCAUCGCAACCUGCAUCGCCUUACCCAUCGGGAAACAUGAGAACAGUCCUCCGGUCAACUCCGGUGCUUAUGUCUUCGGCCAGGUUGAUAACUUGACCACCUGGCCCGCUGGCUGGGCGUUCAUGCUCGCUUGGCUUUCGCCUAUCUGGACCAUCGGCGCGUUCGAUUCGUGCGUGCAUAUGAGUGAGGAGGCGACCCAUGCUACGAGGGCGGUCCCGCUGGGUAUCAUUCUUUCUACUGGGCUGUGUGGCAUUCUGGGAUUUGUGUCGCUGGCUGUUAUGGUAUCAUCUAUGGAUCACAAUAUCGAGAAUAUUCUGGGGUCGAAGUUUGGACAACCCAUGGCACAGGUAGUGACUUCCACUUGGCUUGGUGUGGUAUUUUUGCUGACACAUAGCCCCUUUCAGAUCUACUAUGAUGCUCUGGGCAAGAAUGGAGCUCUUGGAUUCAUGGCGGUUGUGGCGUCAGUCCAGUUUUUCAUGGGACUGAGUAUUGUGCUUGCCGCAUCUCGACAAAGCUGGGCAUUUUCUCGCGAUGGCGCGCUUCCUUUCUCAUCCUUCUUCCGUCAAGUCAGCCAGUUUGGCCUUAUGCGAUACCAGCCAGUCCGCAUGGUUUGCGGAGUGGCUUUCUUAGCCAUGGUGAUCGGUCUUCUAUCGUUGAUUGAUGAGGCCGCCUCCAAUGCUCUGUUCUCACUCGCUGUAGCAGGAAAUGACCUUGCCUGGCUCACUCCCAUUCUAGCACGCCUCGUGUGGGGAAAUGAGAAGUUUGUGCCUGGUGACUUUUAUACGGGAAAGUAUCUCAGUAAGCCCAUCGGGUGGAUUGCAGUCAUUUACUUGGUGUUUGCCAUUGUACUGUGUAUGUUUCCGACUGGAGGCCCAGACCCAUCGCCGCAAGACAUGAAUUAUACCAUUGUUAUCAACGGAGCGUUAUGGAUUGGGGCUUUGGUUUACUACGUUGUUUAUGCGAAGAAGAAUUACAAGGGCCCUCAGACUACGAUCGCUCCUGAGGACGAGGGCAAACGCAUCAAGGAAGAGGGAGACGCCUAUUAA